UAUUAAUCUUCCUUGGGCAUUAGAUAACUAAUUUAUAUAUUACGGAGUACUUAAAAUAGUACUCAUACAAGUACUUGUACUUCGUAUUUAAUUAGAAAUAUAUGACAAAAUUACAUGUCGAUCAGUAUAAUUAAUGUUACUAUUUCUAAUUUUAAUUCUCUUAUACUAGUAAAACGUUUGAAGGCAGUCGUUAUCUUCUUGCCAAUAUACGAGUAUAAAUUACUGUAGAAGGAUAUUACUGUAAAACCUAAUUAUUUAGAACUGAUUCCUAAUCCAAAUUAGACCCAAAGGUAAACCAAAUAAGAAAAAAUAAAAAUAAAAAAAUAAACGGCCGCCCCCACUUCCGCAAUACAUCGUCACCCAUUUCUGCAUUAAGCUCAAAACUUUGUAUUCCCCUCUAACAAAGUUGCACCUCCUAUUAUACGAAAACACAAAACGUAACUAAGACAAUUUCUAUAAUUGCUUCCUCCAUAACACCACUUCAUUACCCCCAUUCUCAAACCCCCAAACUCCUAAACUCAAAUUCAAAAAAAUGGUAUUCACAAACAAUUCCUCAGCUCCUCCUCAAGAACAACCCGACGAUAUCUCCCUUUUCCUCCGGCAAAUCCUCCACCGUUCAUCUUCAUCAUCAUCACCAAAUCAACCGUUGAUCUCUGCUUCCUCAUCUCCCGCUAUCAUGAGGUCGCAUGCAGCGGAUCAACUCCCUUCUUUUAGUACCCUUUUUAAUAAUAUUUCCGCCGGUCCAUCUGCUGUUUUCUCUGGUUCAGACCGGCUUGCUGUCAACCGGAUCUCUCGUGAAAACGACGUCGUUUUACCUCCUCCUACGACUGGGUUUCCUGUUCCUGCUGGUUCGAAUCUGUCUUCCGAGUCACUUUCCGGUUCGGUUCAGUUAAGAAGCUUCGACAAUAACGAUUUUCCUGAAGAUAAUGACUGCGAAAGCGAGGAAGGAAAUGACGUGGCGGUGGAAGAGGGGGAGACGAAACAACAGCAAUUGCGAAAUCAGUCUAAGAGGAGUAGAGCUGCUGAAGUUCAUAAUUUAUCCGAAAAGAGGAGGAGGAGCAGGAUAAAUGAGAAGAUGAAAGCGUUGCAAAAUUUAAUUCCUAAUUCAAACAAGACAGAUAAGGCAUCAAUGCUGGAUGAAGCGAUUGAAUAUUUGAAACAGCUUCAAUUGCAAGUUCAGAUGCUAUCAAUGAGGAAUGGAGUGAGUUUGCACCCAAUGUGUCUGCCUGGAGGACAAGGGAUUUUGCACCCUUCUCAGCUUUCUCAAAUGGGGAUUGAUUUUGACGAUGCCAGUGGUUCCUAUGACAUGAACAUGACUACUGCACUUAAUACUAUACCAGAAACAUCAAAUACUACAUUAAAUCUGCCCAACCAAUGUACGUCCUCAGUAAGGCCUUCCUUAGCCACUGUUCCUAGUCCCAGCAUUAUUAAUUCAGAGGCCAUGUCGUUCGGUCUUGAAUCAUGUAUUCCUGCUAGCUUUCACCCUUAUCAACCUCGCAAUCCUCCUCAGGCUGUUGGUAGGGAAAGAAGCAUGCCUCAUGAGAGAAUAGGUGUCAAUAAUAUUGAGCCAAAAUCUUUAGGUGCUGUGACUACAUCUACAAGGCUAGGGCACAACUCUGUUCAAGAACGGAUGCAGCAAAAACAUGCGCCACAAGAGACCCAUCUCGAGAAUUUAUCGGGACAGAAUCAGCUGGUUUCUAGUAAUUUUACUGGGUUGUUUGCAGCAACUAGUGGUGCCCAAAUGACAAGCUGACAACUAAGAGAUGAAUGCGGAAAGUCAGUUUAGCAUGACAAACUUAGUCCUAGGUUAACACUUUGACGUGUAUGUAUUUACUCUCCUUUUGUCUUCUGUUGAUAAUUAGCUGUCAUUGUGCCAAUAUUGCUGAUGAACCCUCUACCAUAAAACUUAACAAGAGAAUCAAGUUUCUCUUUCUCCACCUUAUUCUAUGUAAUCUUUUGGGCUAGUCUGAAAAUUAAGGAAUACAUUAUGUAUUUAUGUCACAUGCUUCACACUAGUGAUGUGAUUUAAGCUC